ACCGCGUGCGCUUGGAACCGGUUCCCCUGCCCAGCUACACCCGCCCCCGCUCCCCGUUGCCUAGGCGACGAGGGGCCGCUAAGCCUGGGCGACGUCGUGGAGACGCGUUUGGAAAUCAAACCCGGGGGGAUGACCCCUACGGCUGUAACGCCCGAGCCGGAGAAAGAUGAUUCACAGGAGCCAGAAAAGAUCCUGUCUCCAGAUUUUCUUUCAGUUGCCCAAAUCACUGAAAUGCUAGAAGAGGACAUUGAUGGGAUUCAACAAAAAUUGGAAAAGUUUUUGAAUUUCAAAAAUCUUCAUACCUGUUUAAAGGAAGCCAUUCUGCUAGAUUAUUAUGCAUCUGGAUUUUGGUGGGCAAAAGGAAUGGAAUUUUCGAUACUUCAAUAUUCAAAGUUUAUGACUUUAUUAGAUAUGUUACUUCAUAAUCUAAGAACACUGCAUAUGUCCUUAGAAGAUAGCAUAAAAUGGCUUGGAGAAGUGAUGGCUCAAAUAGGACCAUCCCAUUCACCAGAUAAUGAGAAAUGUAAUAUUUUUGAUGUAAAACAAGCUAAUGCUAUCAUUGACUACAUAAAAAUCAGUUUAUUUCAACACUACAAGCUAUAUGAGUUCCUGUUCUAUUCUUCCAGGGAAGAAAUUGUGAUAGGAACUGAGCAAGUGAUAGAGCUUGUCAAAUCUUCAGGCCUUUUCCCUGAUCCUCUAGAAGAAGGAAUCUCAUUUGAUGUUUACUCAACGUUCAUAGCACCACCACCAACAUUGGAUACAGAAAUGAAGGGUUUGGAUCAAGAACAAGGCCCUGAGCAGCCCCAGUCAGAAGCUGAACUUUCAUCCAUGGAUCCUUUAGUUGGCUUCACCAUUGAAGAUAUAAAAUCAGUGUUGGAUCAAGUCACAGAUGAUAUUUUAAUCAGCAUUCAGACCGAGAUAAACGAAAAGCUGCAAAUACAGGAAGAGGCCUUUAAUGCACGAAUAGAAAAAUUGAAAACGGCCUGAGGACUCAGCACAAGGAGAGUAAUGCUAAACUUCACAGAAACAAACCAAACUAGCUAGAAUAAUAGACUCUCCAGAGGGUCACAUCUUUCAUUUACUUGGGAGAGGAAACCCAACCCCCUUUUUAUUACCUAAGUAAUUAGAAAAGUAUUUGUCCCAAUUUUUCUAUCAUCUGUCCCAUAACAGCCUCUGAAUUUAUUGUACUGAGUGUAAUAAAACCAUUUUGUAUACAAGAGUAUGGAGAAUUAUACAUAACAAUACAGUUAAUGUUUACGGUACUACUUUGACAUUUUGAGUAAUAAGUGCUGGUCAUCUUCAA